CAUCCAAAGCCAGUCUAAGUUGUUGUCAAUCUAAAGUACAACUGUUCUUCUUCCUUCUCUUAAUCAUUAUUUCCCGUUGCCGUUAGACCCGGUCUAUUUCUCUGUUCAUCAAUCUGUUAACUUUUAAUUUUCCCGUUUUCUUUCUCCCCUCUCUCUCUUUUAGGGUUUUGAUUCAUUUCUUGGAAAACAAUACCGGUUUUAGUUCGCCAUGACUUCUGUGAGGAACAACAUGGUGCCUCCUGGGCUUAUGUCCAAUCUUGAAGAGGUGCUUUCGAGCAGGAAGAAGAAAAACGACAAUAAUGAGGACAGUGAACAAUCAAAGGGUGACGUGGGUGAUUCAACGGAACCUUCCACCUCUGAUUCUGAUAGUUCCAAGCCUGUUGUUUUGGUCACUAAUGGUGAGGGAAUUGAGUCCCCUGGCCUUGUUUAUCUCGUUCAAGCUUUGGUUAAUGAAGGCAUCUACAAUGUCCAUGUUUGCGCUCCUCAAUCGGACAAAUCAGUAUCUGGUCACUCUGUGACUCUGCAAGAAACCAUUGCAGUUAAUUCUGCUGAAAUCAAGGGUGCCACAGCAUAUGAAGUUUCUGGGACUCCUGUGGAUUGUGUCUCAUUAGCAUUAUCUGGGACACUCUUUUCCUGGUCAAAGCCUGUGCUGGUAAUCAGUGGAAUCAACCGGGGCUCAAGCUGUGGUCAUCACACAUUCUACUCGGGUGUGGUUGCUGGAGCUAGGGAGGCAUCAAUUUGUGGAGUACCAUCUCUGUCUAUAUCCUUGAACUGGAAAAAGAAUGAAAGCCAAGAAAGUGAUUUCAAGGAUGCAGUCACUGUCUGUUUACCUUUGAUAAACACAGCUAUUAGAGAUAUAGAAAAGGGAGUUUUCCCAAAGAGUUGCUCUCUGAAUAUUGAAAUUCCCACCGCUCCAUUGAGCAACAAGGGUUUCAAAUUCACCAAGCAAAGCAUGUGGAGAUCCACUCCUAGUUGGCUAGCUGUUUCAGGAAACCGGCAUCCUGCUGGUGCGCAUUACAUGUCUAAUCAACAGAGUCUUGGCAUCCAGCUUGCACAGCUCAGUCGAGAUGCCUCUGCUGCUGGUGCAGCUCGCCGUAUAACUACACAAAAGAAGAAUGUGGAGAUUGAAUCAGUUGGAUCUGCUGGCAAACCUGAUACAAACCGGGUCAAGAAGUUCUUCCGACUAGAGUUUCUGGAUAAGGAGCCAGAAGAUACAGACGAAGACCUGGAUUUCAAAGCACUCGAAAAUGGCUUUGUGGCGAUAACUCCUCUAUCGAUUCAACCGCAAACCAGUUCCGAUACACUAGCAGCUGCAUCGGAAUGGAUCUCAACUGUGCUUCAAGAAACUCCAUCACAAACAUAAAGACAGAUUCAGACACAGUUUCAUAACCAAUUCUGUCAAUUUAAUCAUCAAUUGUUUUUGAGUUUCCUUCAUUAUUAUCAUUAUAAUAAUUAUUUUUUUCUCUUAUUUUGCAAAAUUUUUGGGAGGGUUUCAAAUAUUUAGUGGCAUUGGCGUUUGGGUGGGUUGUUUGUUUUGUUGAUGCAAAAUGUAAUUACAAACAGCCGGGUCUAAAUUUGGCAUGACCCUGUGCUAUAUUAUGUAUUUUCUAAAUAUUGUUGCUUAAAUUAAUAUUCUUUUUUAUUUUUUU